AUGGAGGACAUGGAGUUUCAGGAGUCCUCUGCACCGGCGAGGCAGGACGAGCAGGUGGUGCAGGUGCAGCAGGUGCAGCACGUGCAACAGGUGCAGUUGAAGGCGGCGCCUGGCCAAGAGGCCGAGCUGCAGGCCGUCAGGGCCGAGCUCCAGGAGGCGCGCGGGGCCGAGGAGGAGACGAGGCGGCUCGCGGCGGAGGCAGAGCGGCAGCACGAGGAGGAGCGUCAGCGCUUCGAGCGCGCCUGGGACUGCGUCCACGAGGCCGAGCAGGCCAAGAACGCGCUGGAGGAGCGACUGCAAGCAGUGGAGCGCAGCCUGGCCCAGAGCCAGGACGCCGCCACCAGCAGCGAGGAGCUCAUCCGCAGCCUGCAGGGGUCCCUCGCGGAGGCCAAUCAGCGGCAGGCCCAGCUGGCGCUGAAGCACGAUGCGAUGGCCGCCUCGCUGGCGGCAGCCCAGGCGGCCACGGCACAGGACGAGUCACGGAUGGAGAAGCUGUCCCUCGACGUGUCGGAGCUCGAGGCCUCGAGGAGCGCAGCGCAGGCGGAGCUGGACGAGCAGAGGGGGCGCGCCGAGCAGCUGUCGGCGCGGUGCCGGGAGCUGGACGCGCUCUCUGUGCAGGCCCAGGCGGAGGCGGCCGAGGCUCAGGAGCGUCUCGCCGCGCGGGAGGCUGAGAUGGCACGGGACGUCGAGCAGCUGGCUGCGGAAAAGGGCGCGGUCGAGACCUCGAUGACCUCGGCGCAGGCUGCGCUCGACGAGGAGCGCGAGCGUGCUGGGCAGCUUUCCGCCAGGUGCCGGGAGCUGGAGCAGCUGUCGUCGCAGGCCAAGGAGGACAUGGCACAGGCGCAGGAGCGUUUGGCUGCUCAAGAGGUGGCGGCGGCGCACGAGCGAGGCGCGGCGUCGGAGGAGGCGGCCGCGCAGAUUGAGAAGAUGACGUUGGAUCUCGAACUGCUCAGGCGGAGAAGAUGA